UUCUUCUGCUUUUAAGAUUUAGUUUCUGUGCUCAGAGUGUCUUUAGCAUAAAACCGACUCUUGACUGAAAAGUGUCUUCACCAGCAGCUGUCUCUGCACCUGCAUUGUCAUUUUCUUACUACUUUGAAUCAACAAAGUUUAACAUCGAACAUCACCAUUUCAGAAGCUUGAAGUCAUGGAUAAUGUAACUUUUGACGACUAUGCAACCUGGACAGUAAAUGAUUCAGAUGAGCUCUGCAGCUUCAGCCCUUCCCCUGAAGAGGUCCUCUCCCACACCUACAUCCACUCCAUCAUCUGCGCCUUCGGGCUGAUUGGCAACGUUCUCGUGAUGAUCACCUACGGUUUCUACAAGAGGACCAAGACGAUGACAGAUGUUUAUCUGUUCAAUGUGGCUGUGGCAGACCUGAUCUUUGUGGUGGCGUUGCCUCUUAUCACCCACAAUGAGCAGAACGGGUGGCCCAUGGGUUCUGUGGCUUGUAAGAUGUUGCGCUCAGCCUACAGCAUCAAUUUAUACAGCAGCAUGCUGUUGCUCGCCUGCAUCAGCGGCGAUCGAUACGUUGCUAUUGUUCAAGCCAGGCGCUCCUUCGGUUCCCGGUCCCGCACUGUCCCGUACGGCCGUCUGAUCUGCGCCGCAGUUUGGGUGUUUGCGCUGUUUUUGACUUUGCCUACACUUAUCUACACUGAUCUCUUUGAAGAACAUGACCCGAUGCUCUUUGAAGAACAUGACCUGACGGAGUCUAAUUCAACUUUGACCUGUGAGCUCAAUUUCGAACGCAUAAUGACCGCAAAGCUGAUGAAGGUGAUGGUACCGAGCCUGCAGAUGGCUGUCGGCUUCUUUCUCCCUCUUGUGGUUAUGGUUUUCUGCUACUCAAGCAUUAUGUGCACCUUGCUCAAAGCCCACAACAGCCAGAGGCACAAGGCCAUCCGGGUGGUUUGGGCAGUUGUUGUGGUCUUCAUCAUCUGCAAUUUUCCUUACAAUGUGACUCUCCUGAUCCACACGGUGUCUCUUUUUACGGAGGGAAGCUGCGAGGAGAAAAAGACCAAACGUACGGUUCUGGCCACUUCCAGGAGCAUAGCUUACCUCCACUGCUGCCUCAAUCCCAUCCUCUAUGCGUUUAUUGGAGUGAAGUUCAGGAGCCACUUCAGGAAAAUAUUGUCUGACCUUUGGUGCUUUGGCAAAAGGUACCUCUACUCUGCUCGCUUGUCACGUGGGACAUCUGAAGUUUGCAUUUCAGGCCUGAGAACCUCAGAGGCGUCAAACAACGCGUCAUCCUUCAGUGCCUGACAGCCAUGCAAGUAACCUCUGAUUUGUCUUGUCCAGUUACUUUAGUGUAGUUCCACACAUGUCAAUAACAAAAAGAAAUUAUAUUCAAUUUAUCAUAAAAAAUUAGGUUACCUGCCAUUGUAUGGUAACAGGCAUUUUAUCAGCCAGCGAAUGUGAAUGUGAGCCCCAUGAGGAUUUUGUUUUGGCUGGAUGGAUAAUAAGUGGGCCUGAGCUCAAACUAAGCAGAUCUUACCAGGGCAUCAAUUGGAUAUCAAGAUCCUGAUUGCAUUCAGUUUAAUUCCAAGUCAGUGUUACAUAGAGUCGUUUCACAAUAAAUGUCUCAAGGCUAAAAAAGUUACCUUGAGAAAUAAUGACAUUUAAAGCAGGCCUUAAUGUCAAAAAUGAUCAAAUGUUACAAGUCAUAGAAAUGGAACUGAUACAGAGUGACAUUCACCAUCCGGUGCUUGUCUCCACUCAGCAUACCUACAGUGUGCCGUAGUGCGACGUCUGCUCUUAUCUUCUCCUCAUUCUGCACCCUCUCUAAGAGUCAUAUACCCAUUACAUUGUUAUCAAACGGUACGUUAAGCUCAAUUUAAUAUUCAAAUUAGUUUUAAAACUUUUCUAUUUAAGAAAACCUAGCAGAUUGCAUCAAAUCAUUGACUGGCAGAGUUCCCUCCUUCUAGACCAGCUUAUGCAAAGAAAUUGCUUGUGUCGUGCUGUAGCCUUUACUGUAGUCCCUCAUAUCGAGGAUCCCUGUAGUGACAGAGGAGAGGAAAAGCUCCUGGUAACAGGAAGAAACCUCCAGUAGAACCUGACUCAGUACAAGCCUCCAUCUACCACGACCGACUGGGUCAACACAACAGAAUGGAAAAGAAGAAAAAGAGGAACUGAUACAGGAGUACUUUCCAUGUUAAUGAAAAAUGAAAGGAUAAUUGAACAAAAGGGUUGUUGUUGUCAACAAUAUUUCAGCUGCUGCCCUCCUACAAGAAGGAACCACAACCAAAACAGAACCCCAGACCAGGUAUAGCUUCUACAAAACAGAAACCUGUGAGAAAACUUAAAGUUUAACAGGUGA